AUGCCCGUUUACGUUAUCACCGGAGUGUCCAGGGGAAUUGGGUUUGAGCUCCUCAAACAGAUCUCGGAGGACCAGGAGAACCUAGUCGUCGGUUUGGUCCGCGACAGAGCUGCGACGGAGAAGAAGAUAGCGGCAGAGCUGGGCAGCCGUCCUAAUGUCCACAUCCGCCAUGCAGACCUCACCGAGUACGCUAGCUUGAAGCAAGCCGCUACCGAUACGGCCGAGAUCGUUGGCGAUCGUGGAAUUGACUACCUAGUGGCCAACGCAGCUUACUUGCCCCUCUUGGACGCCUAUGGACCCAUUGGUGCAUUGAGCGAUAAGGCCGAGGAGGUCGACGCUGUGUUAUCGGAGCUAAUGCGGAUCAAUGUCGCUGGUAACAUCCACCUCUUUCAUGUCUUCCUUCCUCUUGUCCUAAAGGGCGAGAUCAAGAAGGUUAUUGCCAUUUCGACCGGUCUGGCCGACCUCGACCUGACCAACGAUUGCGAGAUCGAUAUUGGGGCUUUAUAUGCAUCCUCCAAGGCGGCUCUAAACGUCAUCGUGGCCAAGUUCAAUGCGCAAUACAAGAAAGACGGUGUCCUCUUCCUGGCUAUCAGCCCGGGCUUAGUGGAUGUGGGCCAUUAUGCGGAUGCGACACCAGAAGAGCUCCAGGGCAUGACGGGAUUCGUAGGCAAGCUCGUAGCAUAUGCGCCUCACUUCAAGGGCCCAAUCUCUCCGGAAGAGUCCAUCCGGCAUCUCCGCUCCACCUGGGAGAAAGCCAGCAUUGAGGGUGGGUUUGGUGGUGCGUUUGUUUCUCAUUUUGGAAACAAGCAGUGGGUGUAA